AUGGGGGUCCCGGCGCCGGCUGCCUCCGGCCACUGAGCCCGGCCGAGGGACAGGCGGGGCCGCGCGACCCCCGCGCCUCCCCCGGCCCGAGAUGUCGGCCACGAGCGCACCUGCGGCGACCCCCGCGGAGAGGGGCCAGGGCUGCCCCGCCGCCCCGCCGCCCAAGAAGAAGAAGCCCAAGUCCGGCUCGUCCAGCCUGCGCCGGGCCUUCAGCUGGCUGCGGGGCCGGCGGAAGAAGGCGGCGGCGGGCGAGCAGCCCGGAGCGCCCCCUGCGGAGGGCAAGAAGCGAGAGGAGCGGCGCCAGGGCAAAGGUGCUGCCGCCAAGGUAGAGAACGAGGAGAAGCGGCUGAGCAUCCAGUACAAGGCUGUAGAAGACCAGCCGGACAAUGUGUUCUUCCCCAGCAGUCGUGCCCCAUAUCUGGAGGAGCUGCACGUCCAGGCCCAGGCGGGACUCAAGUCCUUGCAGAACUUAGAGAAACAGAAGAAGACCAGGAAGAUCUGGGACCACAGUGAGACCAGCAGUAUCCAGCAGUCUUCCCAGUCCACUGAGGGUGAUGACAUUUCUAUCCGAAGCCAAGCCUCCUCGUGCACCACAGAUGCCGCCUCCGAAGACGCCAUGUCUGUCCGCUCUGAGAUGAUCCAGAGAAAAGGCUCCACCUUCCGACCACACGACUCCUUUCUGAAGUCAUCUGGGAAGGGAGAAAAGAGGCGGAGGGAGCGGAGGACCACAGUCCUGGGGCUGCCCCAACAUGUGCAGCAGGAGCUGGGCCUGAGCAGCGGGCGUGACUCCACGAAACGUCCUGGCAGCAUUGCAGUCAGAGCUGGCCUGACCCCACAACCCCUGGUGAAUGGCAACCAGUUGUCCGGCCCCACCAUCCAGAUCCCCACCAUCGAUGGGAAGCCUGUAGCCACCGCCCUUCCCGAGCGGGGACCCCGCAUCUCCCUCCAGGCUCUCGAGGCCAAUGCCUCAGAAGCUGCCCUCCAGCAGCACAUCAGCCGCAUCUACUAUGAUGACUCGGUGCUGGGCCACAAGACGGCAGCUAAAGUGUCUCCUGUGGCCAGGCCCAAGUCCCUGGCCGUUCCCUGGAUGACCACCCAGCCCAAUUCUCCUGAGCUGCUGAGCCCGGUCAUGUCCAUCUCGCCACAGGGCACCUACCUCUCGAAGAUUAUUCCCAACGCCAUCUUGCCACCCAUGGUGGAUGUCAUUGCUCUGUCCCGCAACCGGGUGCGCACCCUCAGCCGCUGUAGCCUGGCCACCGCCAGCCCAGCCCUCUCGGUGCGCUCCACAGGUCACUUCCCCGCUGCCCCCCGCAGCCGUGAGCACUCCUCCUCCAGCGACAACUGGAGCCACUCGCAGUCCACAGAGACCAUCGUCUCCAACGCGUCCACCAUCUCCUCCCACGGGGGCCCCAGCAGCCAGAAGGAUGAGGCAGGGCCGAGCGGCAGAGCCCCCCCCACAGGCAGGCCUGACUGGUUUGGUCCUUCCAGCCCUGCCAGUUCCAGACAGGUCAGGGCCUCCCCAGCCUCUCCCAGCCUGCUGGGGGUGCGGCCAGGAGGGAGCAGUGGCCGAGCCUCACCCGCUUACAGCACCAGCAGCAUCGCCGAGGGCUCAGAUGAUGCAAGCGUACGCAGUGACCGCUCCUCAACCCGGAGUGUCUCGCUCCGGAAGAUGAAGGUGGCCCCCUUGCCCCCCCGGAGGACCUAUUCCUUACACCAGAAGGCUCAGCAACUGGAAGCCGAAGGGGCACCCCGAGGAAUGGGGCUGCCUCCCAAGCCGGAGCGGAGGCCCCACCGGGAAGGCGCCCAAUGCCCCAGCCUGUCCAACGAGAAUGAUGUCUUCUCCCCCAUCUGCCUGGGUGGGACCAGCAGCCUGCAGUCCAACAGUCUGGCCUGUUUGCCGGACAUCUCUUCCCGGAGCCCAGGGAGGGUCAACCAACUGAAGGAGGCCGACAGGAGUGAGGCCCAGGAGCCUGGCUCUCCCCACCACUUUGGCCGCACCAUGUCUCCAUCGAGUGGCUACUCCAGCCAGAGCGGAACGCCCACGCUGCACCCAAAAAGCCCCCUCCCUCACACCAUGUCCCCGGGGAAGAAGAGGCCGCAACCGAGGAAGCCGGAACGUGUCUGCUCCCUGCAGUCCCCGGGACCUUCGCUCUCCUCCUCCUCCUUGACCUCCCUCUCCUCCUUGGCCUCUGACCCUGCGCCCCCUGAAGGGAUGGCCCCUCCCACCUCCGGCCCCCACCUGGCCUCUCCGGCCGCCCCACGUUAUGUGGACCACUUUAUCAUCCCUCCGCAUCCAAAGGUCCCAGCUCCCUUCUCCCCGCCCCCCACCGAGCCAAAGAGCAAAGAAGGGAGAGUGGCUGCCUUGCCCCCCAGCAUCCCAGCCCCCCGGCAUCCCAGCCCUCUCAACAAGGAGGGCUCACCCCCACCAUCCCCUCCGCCGGCCCACCCCCCCCCUCCGCCCCCUGUGAAGAAAGCCGAACUGAGUGCUGAGGACCCUGGAGCUGUGCCGGUUCCCUCCGAGGCUCAGGUGGGGGCUUCCACAGACCCCUUAUGGCUCCCUCCACCCCCGCCCCUGCUGGAUGAGCAGGAUCUGUCCAUGGCUGAUUUCCCUCCACCAGACGAGGCCUGCUUCCUGCUGCCUCCCCCGCACUUGCAGACGGAGUCUGGGGAAGCCCCCUCUUUGGACGCAGGGAGUGCAGAGCCCCAAACUGCCACCCCUGCAGGGCAGGGAGAUGGAACACCUCCCUCUUUUCCCAUGGCGGUGUCCACAAACUUCCUGCAGCCAGGAAUUCUGCCCCUACCGGCCCCAAGCGCGGAGCCGUUUCCACUUCCCAAAGUCUCUCCAAGCGGAGAACUGUCCAUUUCUCAGCUGGGCUCCAGGCACCCCACCACCUCAGGGGUUGCAGUGCCCUCCAGUCUUUCCCCCCAGAUUAAGAAGACACCCACCGGCUCCCAUCCUGACCUCAAGAAGGAGCCUGCCAUGCGCAGCAAGGCCACCUCGGUGCCCAAGGAGGAUGCCAGCCUGCCCAUCGUUACACCAUCCCUGCUGCAGAUGGUCCGCCUGCGCUCAGUCGACAUGGAGGCCCAUGGCUCUGGGAUCAGUCCAGCUGGGGGAUCCAUGACCCCCACAGAGUCCAGCAGAGCAAACGUGCCUGUAGAUGGGAAGACUGGCCCCUUGGCCCCCCAGAAGCCUCUCCGCAAGUCCCUGUCCUUGAGGGGGGGACAGCCUGCUUCAAAAGAGGGUCUCAACCCCCUGCACGAGGCUGUGCGCCUCAAGGCCUCCACUUUAACUUCCAGGGAAGCCAUGAGUCUCGGAAUGGCCGAGAGGAAGACCGGGAGCCGGGUGGCACUGCCAGGCAACCCUGCCGCCCUGGCUAGCAACGGGCCAGUUUCCCCACUCCACAAAUCCCCCGCCUCCACCGCCAGCUUCAUCUUUGCCAAGAGCCCCAAAAAGCUGGUCAUUGAGACGACAUCCUCGUCAGAGGCCCAGGCCAGCCUGCAGAAAAACUUGGUGGCCGAAUUGAUGACCGUCUCCAGCCAGCGAUCCACGGCGGCUCCGGGGCUGCAUCCACAGGGCUUGGCCAAGACUCCCAAGCCCCAGAGGAUCCCCCCUCCCAUUGCCAAGAAGCCUUCUCUUGGGCCGGGGCGCAGGCACUCCCCCCAAAGCCCAAAGUCCUCCGGAGCCGAGGAACCGGCAGUCGAGGAGCGGACUAAGAAGGUGGCCUCUGAAAACCAGAUCCCUCCCCUGGAGUCUGGCGAUGACAGCUCCCCAGCUGGGCCAGAAGACCAGUUGCAGAGGAGCCCCAGAGCACAAGAAGCACAAGAGGAGGUGGUGUGAAGGAGGACCCUGCGAGGUACAUUUGCCCGUAAGAUACAGGGAUUUAAAAAGAAAAUUAUUCUCAGGGACCUCUUGGGGCCAGAAGAGAAGCUUUGAUGAUGGCGCCGAAGAAAACAACACCUUUGUCUCCCGUGGCCUUGAUAUUUAUGCGACAGCGGGAUUGGCUUGGAUGUCCUCAGCAAUGCGGCUCUUUUAAACCUGGGGACAAAGGGGCACAUCCCUUUCCACCCUCCUGUCUCUCCUGGGACUCAAACCUUGCGUUGGUCCUGCUUGGUUUGGUGAUGUUGAAUUCCCGCCCCCCCUUCCCCGGUUUGGUGUGAGAAAACAGCUUAAGAUGAGGACAACUCAAUAUCUGCAGGGAAGACGGUCAAAACUGGAUCAGCUUGUUGCAAUCCCCCCCCCCAAAGAUGCCUUUUUAAUGGGUUGCAUUGCCGUUGCUGUUCAGUGUGCAUUUGAGGAGUGGAGGAGAGAGAAAAUGGCCUGUGCUUGCACACCCAUGUGGCAUGGAAGCACUUUCUCAGAUCACAGUGGGAUUUGAGAAGGACGGCCAUUGCGGGAAAUUCCUGCUGAGUCUUCCUGGAUGGUGCCGGGUCCCAGAAGAGGCCCUGCUGGUAGUUUUGCUCUGGUUGUUGUAAACGGCUGAUUCCGGGUAGGGGGUGCCUGUAGGGAACCCCUCUUGCUCACACCAACUAAAGCACAAAUGGCAGCCUGGAAGAUGGUGCAACCGCCAAAAGACAUGGAUUUUUUUCCAGUCUCUCUUCGCCUGUGCCGUGAAUGCUGCCUUAGGGGAGCCCUCCGGGGGAGGGGGAGAAUCUCAGACCUGUCUUGCAAGGGACAUGAGUAGUUAGCAGGCACCUGACACAAUUGAGGCCCACAGUGGAGGCUUGGCAGGCACUGGCAACUGUAGGAUAUAGCUCUCCACUGCCAAAAGAGCAAAAAAAACCCACUGCAUUUUGCACCAAAACAUUCCAGUCUCUGGUCGUGAGGGCAGAGGAUCCACUGGAAAAUUGGGUGGGGGACCACUUUAGGCCAAACUGUCUCCCCCUCCCACCAAGAAAUCCAAGUGAUAAUGCCCCAGGGCGCCUCCACUUGUGUUUUAUUUGUGAUGAAUUUGCCCCUCCCUUACCAAUGGGCAGAGAGAUGCAGAGUAAUUGGAUCUGAUUUGCCCGCCUUCUGUGGAGGGGCUGGGGCUGGGCGUGUAGGGAAGCAGCUCUUGGUAGAAGCUGGCGGGGGUGGGGGAUGGCAGGGGAGGCCAAAUUCCAUCCAGACUGAAGGGAAAGCCUGGAUGCAGAAACACCCAGUGUGACUCAGGGUGUCCUGAUCCGGCCAGGAGGGUCUGCGGUGUUCUUGGGGUCUUUUCUCCCCCACCAGGCAGGCCCGCAGCAGCUCAUCAUAGAGGUCAGUGAGGGCAGCCUCCAGCAUCCCGGGGGCCCUCCAGUGUCCAGGUCGCUUGCAAUGCCCAUGGUCUAGCCAUACUGGCUGGGGAGGAUGGGAGUUAGGGAGAGCUCGGCAGAAGCAGCUGUGGACCAGGGUUGUUCUGCCAGAAGUGCAAGAAUAGGGCUGGGCAUAGUUAACUAUUCCAAGAAACAAUUAUCUGCAUCAAGAGUCAACCUGGUCAGCUGAGAUGUUAGGAAAUGGUGCUGACUCGGAGGGACCCUCUGCAGAAGGGCGAAGGGGGCACCAAGACCAGUGCCCUCCUUCCUUCCCAAACAACCACACGUGCCUGCAGUGGCAAAUGCCCCCCCCCGGCUCUCAGCCCUGGGGCACCCUGUGGGAGGCUUGCCACCAUCCUCAAGGAGGUCAGGGUUUUAAGUUUGCACCAGAGGUCCAGCCAGACAUUGCUGGUGCAAAUCCAGGGCUCUCUUCUUCGGCCAACAUGCCAAGAGCAGAGGGAAGAAAGAGGGAGGCGGAGGCCACAGCACCAUCUUGCCUUUGGCUGCUCUCUGGAGAGCCAGCAGGGGAGGGGCUCACAACCGCAAAGGAGACCAAAAAGCUCUGCCUGGUUUUGUCUCUCUCCCACCUAAUCCCCCCCCCUGGCUUUGCUUCUCUGUUCUUGGACAGCCGGAGCCGCUCUCUACACCUUGGAGAGCCUUGGAGUCUGUUAAAUUGAUUUCCACUCUGGUGGGGAAAGGGAUGGGUUGCUUUUUUUUUUAAUGUUCAAUUCUGUUUUUAAAAAAGAUUAAUGUGCAUUUGUAAAAUGACUGAUUAAAAGCUUGCUUGCUGA